UAAAUGUAAGAAGCAUAUGUAUUACAUGAUCAAUACAGGAAUCAAUCAAUGUAGAAUUAUAUUAGUGGGACAACUCGUCCUUUAUAUUUCAAAAGGCCUUUAGUGCCGACAAUGAGUGAUACUCCAAUAAAAUUAAGUCAACCUCCAGUAUAAUAUGUGAAAGAAUAACCUCCUCCAGCAAAAGUGACAAUAGAGAGAGUAAUACAAAUAUUCAUUUUAAUAGGUAAAAGAUGUAGAAGUUUAAACUGAUUAUAGAGAAGCAGAAGCUUAAACAGAUCCAUAUACUCCAGCUCAUGAUUAAAAUGAAGAUUAAACUAUAGAAAUAUUAGCAUUAUAGCAUUUGAAAUGGGAUAAAGGCUUGCCUGCUUCUAUUGAAGAAUUAGAGUCAAUUGAAUGGAAUAGAGAGAAAGUUUGGUUUGAAAAUGCCUUACCUCCUAUAUCUGAUGAAGCAUCAUUUAAAUUGAGAAGAGCAUUAAUGAAGUCAUAAGAAGAAAGAGAAUGGAAGAAGAAAGAAACAGAUAUCAAAAUGUAAUUAGAAUUAUUAUUUAUUUAAGUAAUCAAAACGAGAGGUUAUAUUUAUUGUAAGAAGCAUUAAAAGAGAGAGAAAAAGAUAUAGAAGAGAAGAAUGCUCAACGAAUUGAAAGCAUUAAAAUAAAGAAGACAGAAUUAAAGAAUAGAAUGGUAGCGAAGAUAUAAAAGAGAAAGAUAAAAAUACUUAGAAAAAUGUAAAAAAGUAGAAAAGAAAUAGAUAAUGAAGAUAAAGGUAGAGAAAUCAUCGAAGAUUAUGCUAAUUUUGCAUCUAAGGUUUAUGCUGGAAUUACAAGGGAAGGAUUAAGUUUAGAUAAAAUAGCUAGCAAAUAUGAAGUAUAACCAGUUGCAUUAAAUACUUAUAAAGGUUUAACAGAAUUAUCUACUACAAUUAAACCAUCUAUUUUAGAAACUACUGUUAAUGUUGCUUAAUUUAUUAAAACUAUUGAAAAAGAUUAUACAAGAUUAGAAAUAUAACAUAAGUUGGAAGUUAAUAAAGCAAGAAAUUAAAUAUUUGGAUCUAAUAAAUAAGAUUAAUCAAAUGAAACUUAAGCUGAUCAUAUUGGAAAUAAGAAUAUUAUAAUUAGACCCGCUACUCCAACAUAUAAUUAAGAAUUUGAAAAUGGUGGUGAUGUUAAAAAAUAAAACAUCAAAUUUGAAAAUUAUGAAUAAUUUAAAGAAGAAGCUGUCAAAAGAUAAUCAGAAGAUAAAAAGAAUUCAGCUCUUGUUUUAUUAUAAAGAUUAUUUAGAGGUAGAGCUAUGUAGAACAUUAUGUAUGAAGGAAAAGAAAAAGUAUAUUAAUUCAAUUUAUAUCAAUCUAGAGAACAGCUUUAAUUGAAGAAUUGUUAACUGUAGCUAAAAUACCAGAUUUACCAGAGGCUGAAUAAGAAGAAAUACUUAUGUAAUAACAUGAAGAAAAAGUUAAGAAUGCUGCAUUAGAAGCUAUUCAGGGAGAAGUUAUUGCAGAAACUUUAGAUAUGUUAAGCAAAGAAUUACUUAGAAUUAAAUAAGAAAAAAGAAUAACUUAAAUGGUUAAAUCAGCUGAAGAAGAUAGAAGAUUAAGAGAAAUUUAAGAAGCUGGUACAAGAUAGGCAGAAUAAAUAUUAAGAGAUAGAGAAGAUGUUCAAUAUAAUUAAAUUAUGAGAGUUCAUUAAGGAACUGUUGAUACUUAUUUACAUUGGAUAUUUAAAAAUACUAUUGAAUAAGGUAUCUUUUUAUUAGAUCAUUUUAGCUGCAACAAGAUAAGCAACAAUCAUGACUAAUUUAAGAAAAUAAAAAAUGAAUACUCCUGUUGAAUAUUUUGAAAGAAAAUAUAAUAGUGAUGAAACUAUUAUUAAAGAUUUAGUUCAAUAAUUCUUAAUUCCUAAUGUUCAAAGAUCUAAACUAUAAAAAUAAAGUAAUUAUAAUUGUUAUAAUCUUAGUUCAAAUUGAAGAAAGAAGAUUUAAUGAAGCUGCAAAAAAAUCAAUUCAGGCAACUUUAUCAUAAGCAGCCUAAUAGAUUAAUCAAAAUUGA